CCUUAUUCUAUUAGGUGGAGUUGGCUAUUGUACUUUAUUAUUAACCAAGCUUUUAGGAAUGUUAUUGACUAGUAAGUCUUGUUCAAUAGCUUCCAUAAGUGUUUUCUUUGAUAUUCUUUUACUGUUUUUUGGUCUCAUUGCAAAUAACAGUUGUUAAAAAUUCUAAUCAUGGAUAAUCAUUGCUUUUCCUUUCCUUUCCUUUUCUUUUCUUUCCUGUUAUUUUCUUGGGAUGAUUUGAAUGCUUCACCCAAGUUCUUUCAUUUUUUUUCUUUGUGAUAGAAUUGUUAACGUGGUUGUUGAGGAAUAACUUGGAGACAUUUAUUUAUUUUUUGAUAAAAGAAAGUUGAGGGGAGUGGGUUUCAAGGACUCACCAGAGGCAGAACAUGCCUCCAAGCUCAAAGAGUGCUUAUAGAUUUCCCACUAACAAGGUCCUCACAUUAGUAGUGAGAUUUGAUCCCAUGGUCUUGGGAGUUAUAGUUCAAAUCUUUACCAACUAGAUCAACCUUUGUUAGUUUAGAGACAUUUAUUCUCACUCAUAUAGUUAGUAAGAUUCAUUUGAAUUAGGAUUUUUAAAUUAAUUAAAAAUUAUACGUCCCCCUUUCUUUCCUUGUUUUAGUUUUUGUUUGCUUCUUAUUGCUGUGUUGUGAAUUUUUUUUCAAUGUUUUAUCCAUUCAAAUGCUGUAGGAAUAUAUUUAUAUAUAUUGUUUAGCUUAGAUGCUUAAUGAAGAUUCACUUUUAUGAAAAUGCUAUUGCAUUGGAAAUGCUCAGUGUCUACUGCAAUUCUCUCAUAUUAAGCUUUGGAAACAUCUUCACAUUUACCAAAGACUCAGCAUUCUCUUUUGAGUUAUUCACCAAGAACCACUCGCAGGAAGGGCAUACAGAAAAGACAGAUCUAUUUAUAUCAUAUCAGUAUUAGAUAGUAUUAGAUUACUAUUAUUUAGGUUUGAUACAGUAACAAAAUUCAUGCAAUGGUCCUGAAAAUUUUUUUAUUCUUUUGGGAUGAAGCUUUAUGAACUAAUUGAUCAUUCAUGAUUUGCUUUUUUCAUUUCUGGUACUGCGGUUUUGGUUUUAAAGUUCUUUGCAGGUUUAAUCAUUCUGUAUCGCACUGACGAGUUAAAAUGGUCCAGAGAAUCAAUUGUUUCUCUCUUGAGUUCAGUUAAGGAUUCAAAUUGGGCAAUGAUAUGGAUGUCAAUGCAAUGUCACUGCCUUAUACUGCCUUCCUUAACUCUUUCAAUCUUAUAUUCAUUUUUUGACCAAAGUUUUAAUAAGGUGGUAAGGCUUCUUUCAAUACAAUAGAUCCACUUUUUCUUUCAGACUAACCACUGUAGGUACUAUACUAUAAUAAGGUUGGAGUUCUAAUGUUUCUUUCAAUAUAAUCAUGUUCCACUGCUUUCUAUCCAAUUAAGUAUUCCCUCUGGCCUCCAUCUGCUCACCCCUCUUUUCCUAAUAGAUGCCAGUAAAUAGAUAUCAAAUUUGUCAUAAGUUUUAUAAGUUUUCACGACAUGUGGUGAGUGUUGAAAUGCAUGGACAGCCUGUAGGUUCUUUUCUGGAUAAUUUAUCAUCAUUUUAUUUAUUUAUCCUGUAUUUGUGGAAUAUGGGGAUGCAUUUUUCUUAGAAUUUUGUGAAUAGAUGUGAAUUUGAUAUUCUUUUUCUGUGGUAAAAUGCAUUACCUUUCAAAUACCGCUUCAUAAAAGUGUAGUAGGUUCCUCUUUGAGGCUUUCAUAUGGCAUCGAGAUUGUACUCAUUGGCUUCAAAAGCCUGAACGUUAGUUUUACCACCUUUCUUCAGGUAUGUCGAGUGCAGAGCAUUGUUGAUAGAUUGGAUUCACUGAAGGAGAUGAACUCCAAGCCUUCUAGCAAUAAUGUCAAUGCAUUCCGAGACAGAAAUGAGGGGACCAUUGACUCUGGAAUGGGAAGCAUGAAUGUCCCACCCCAAUGCCAUCUUCAGGAGAAUUAAUUCAAGAUUUGGAGCUGCUAACUUGUUCUGAGAAUGACUUGGGUGCUCCAGUUCAGGAGGGGACUGAAAUAGGGGCCACCUCAGGGGCUAAUGAAUUGGAACAAGAUCCCUUGGAUUGUGCUCAACCUGACUUUCAUAUCAACUCCUCUUACGCUACUGGAGAUGCCAGACCUCAAAUUGAGGGAGAUCUACAAGGGGAAAGUGAGCCCUCAGAUAUCUCGACUCCCUGAAACACGGAAUGACGAGACUCUGGCUAAUGGUAGUUUUCUUUUUCACGAAUUCAAUCACUUC